UUUAUUACACAAAAAUAAAAUAUUAAUAAAAAUUAAAACUAUGUAUAAAUAUUUGGCUAUAAGUCUAACUGUUUAUAUAGCGCUAACUACCGGUGCCGUCACCGGCAUCGACGUGAACACCAGCUCCGGGUUAGUGAGGGGACAGACCAUCGACGUGCUCGACAAGAAGGUGAACGCAUUCAUAGGCAUCCCAUUCGCCGAACCACCGGUCGGUGCCCUGAGGUUCGCCCGACCGAAACCACUCGCGAAACCGAUUCCUGGGGUAAUAGACGCCACCAAACCUAAAAACUCAUGUAUGACGGGUGGCAGCGCCCAAAUGGGGGAGGACUGUCUGUUUGUGAACGUGUGGGCCCCGCAAAACACGACUAAAUUAAAGCCCGUUAUGUUUUGGAUAUACGGCGGGGGUCUGGGAAGUGGAUCCAUAUUUUCCGGGGCUAAUGAUGGCAAGGCUUUGACUAUCGAUGACGUGGUGGUGGCGUCCGUUAACUACCGGCUCCGAGCGUUGGGGUUCAUGUACGGCGGUCCUGAUACUGACUGCCCCGGGAAUAUGGGUUUUUAUGACCAAACAUUGGGACUUAAAUGGGUGAGAGAAAACAUCCAUUUGUUUGGCGGAGAUAAGGAUCAGAUCACGAUAUUCGGUGAGAGCGCCGGCAGUUGGUCCGUAUCGGCGCUGGUAUUAUCGCCGCUAACCAAAGGCCUCUUCAAACGAGCUAUACUACAGUCGGGCGCCGACUAUCACGACCAGAAGGCCGGCGGUCUCGUGACGGCCGCUCGCACUCUACAGGACAGCAAAAAUAUGGCCAAACAUUUCAAUUGCACGGAUCAACACAAUUGGGUCGACUGUCUGAGGAAAGUGGACGCCAAAGACAUCACUAACUGGCCCUUCCCAGACCUCUUUCCAUUGGACGGCACGGAGUUUCUGCCCCUUCCCGCACAACAGGCAUUCAAACAGCUUAAGUAUAAUACCGAUGUGGACAUAAUAGCCGGUUGUAAUCACGACGAGGGCUCCAACUUAGCCCCUAAAUACUCGGGUAAUUACACGGAACAGGUGUUCACCGAAAUGGUAGAGAAGGCCGACAAAACAUUUCACGGAUUAGACAUUCAGAAAGUGAAAGACUUUUAUCUGAAAAGUGUCAACAAAACUGAUCCGAAAGCCAUUGAGUGGGCGUUUAAGCAGUUUUACGGCGAUGUGUUCAUGAAGUGUCCGACCUAUCUGUUUGCCAAACAGUUGAGCCAACAGUCUGUCCACCGGAAUGUCUACUUCUAUGAGUUGACGUACCAGACCACUGGUAAUACCUGUCAGGGUGUGUGUCACGGCUCGGAACUGUAUUACGUGUUCGGCCGACCAGUUGUGGGCAAAGGGGAUAAACUGGACGUGGAUUUCAGCCGCGAGGUUAUGACUUAUUGGACUAACUUUGCUAAAACCGGAAUUCCCACGACUGACAUAAAAUGGCCUCAAUUUAAUGAUAAGACUCUAAUCGUAAAGGACUUGAAUCCCCACGACUUCACCAAAACACUUGUCGACCCCUUUAAGACUGUUUGCGAGGAGUUUUGGAAACAAUAUUUUGAAUGA